UCUUCUUCUUCUUCUUCUUGUUCUUCUCUCUUUACCGUUUCCUCGCUUCGCUCAUUCAUUCUCUCGUCUUCAACUCUCGUGUGACGCGCGCAUGUGGGGAAAUGGGGGUUGGGCUCUGAUCAGCGUGCUGGAGGAUACUUUCCGCCUCCGAGAUCAUGGUCGGCGAUCAGGAACCCGAAGCAAUGGAGAAAAGCAAUGAGGCAUCAUUUGGAUGUCUCUAGACCAAGAAUCCCCCCUAUGACUCUCAGGGAAGUGGGAAUGGCACUGAAGGGAGUCAUGAGCAGAAAGAUGAAGUGAAUGCCCAUCUAGUUGGCGUGGAGUCAAACAAACCAUUUCACAGGGUCAACACUUCACAUCCAAAUCAAGGAUACAGACCCUUCUGCCAUCAAGAAUUUUGGAACUGGCCUAAUAUUUAUCCUGACAUUCACAAGUUGCAGCAAAGCCAAAUGAAUAUCUUUGAGAAUCAUAUCUAUCCAACUAACAGGGAUUACUUUCUUCCUAUUGAAAAUAGAAUUCAUUAUUUGCCUUACAAAAUGUUUUCUCAAGAUCACCAACAUCAGCUUCAGUUUCAAGAUUUUCAGUAUUUUGUGGUUAUUGACUUUGAAGCAACUUGUGAUAAGGAAAGGAAGCCACAUCCACAAGAAAUCAUUGAAUUUCCAUCUGUUUUAGUUAAUAGUGUGACUGGGCAACUUGAAGCUUCUUUCCAGACAUAUGUUCGGCCUGUUUAUCAUCAGUUUCUGACUGAUUUCUGCAAGGAGCUUACUGGUAUUCAGCAAAUUCAGGUUGAUAGGGGUGUUUCUCUUAGUGAAGCUCUACUCAUGCAUGAUAAAUGGUUGGAGGACAAAGGGAUUAAACACAAAAGCUUUGCUGUUGUGACAUGGGGUAAUUGGGAUUGUCGCACAAUGUUAGAAUCUGAGUGCAAAUUCAAGAGGAUCAGGAAACCCCCUUACUUUAAUAGGUGGAUCAACUUGAAGGCUCUAUUUCAGGAAAUGGUUAGUGGUGUUCGGUGCAAUCUCAUGGAAGCAGUUCAGCGGGCAGGUCUGACAUGGGAAGGCCUACCACAUUGCGGCCUUGAUGAUGCUCGCAACACUGCCCGCCUCCUUGCCCUUCUCAUGCACUGGGGCUUUAAGUUCUCCAUAACCAAUGAACUACUCCCAUCACCACCAACUGACCACUCAAUGGCGUUUCCGCCAUUCAACAACCACCAUCCUACAGAUCAUCCAACCCAGCACCACCAGAAACUGAAAGAGUUACCAGGACCUAUCACCCAGUUCCAUCCUUUCAUGGAUCCGACUGGUAAAGAGAGGUUCACCUACUGCUUCUGCCGCGUGAUAAGCAGCAAGUGUGUUAUCCGGAAGCCUGGACCGAUGCAAGGUAGGUGCUUCUUCGGGUGUGGUAAUUGGACUGCCUCAAGGCGUGCCGUCUGCAAUUACUUUGUAUGGGCUUCGUCCAUGAACUGAACAGAUGGCUAGUGUUGACUUUGCUCAGAAAAGAUAAUCUCUGUACAAAAAGAUCAUGACAUUGGUCGAUGAUAAUAAUGAGAAGCACCGGGAGUUGCUUCAUAAGUAAGAGCGGAGGGGGGCGCCUUCUCCGGCCGUAUGCAAAGUAUCUAAGGUAGUGUCUAACCUGCGAAACUGACUUCUUGUUGGAUAGAAGAUAAGGGGUCUCAGAUGCUGCUUAGGGUUCUUUUUCAUCUUUACAUGCCUUUUUUUAGACAUGCUUAACAAUCUUAAAUAAACUGUGUUGUGCUGUGUUGUGCUG